CCAUUUUGACCAAAGACGAAAAAGCAGCGGAAGUUAUAAAAAAUGAAACAGAAGCAAUUGUUAGACAUGUAAUUCUUGCUAAAAUUAAUAAUAACUAUUUUGUGAAUUCCAGCGAUAAUUUAGUUCCGACACGUUAAUUAUACACACUUCGUGUAUUUUCCCCUCGUAUCUAAAAUAACCUCCUGUGUUUACACUCAGCUGCUCGCUAAAUGCUACUAGCAUUUUCGGAUAAUAUAACUACUUUCACUGCAAAGAUAACCGCCCACACGACUUUUUACAACUUAAACUGCCGACUUCUCACAGAGUACAAUGACACGCCACGGAAAGAAUUGCACGGCCGGGGCAGUCUACACGUACCACGAGAAAAGGAAAGAUACAGCGGCGUCCGGUUACGGCACACAGAGCAUUCGCCUGGGGAAAGAUGCCAUUAAAGAUUUUGACUGCUGCUGUUUGUCAUUGCAGCCCUGCCAGAAUCCGGUGGUGACUCCAGAUGGAUAUUUGUAUGAAAAACAGGCCAUUCUUGAAUACAUUCUGCAUCAGAAGACAGAAAUUGCCAAGAAAAUGAAGUUGUAUGAAAAGCAAAAACAAGCUAUGAAGAAUGACAGUCAGCUGGAGUCUAAAUCAGAAGAAAGGGAGAAAGUGGAGAAAUUUAAGACCAGAGAGAACAGCAUUGUCUCCAAACCGAUCAACCCGUUCACUUCUGGACAGAACAGAGGAAGUGACAAGGGCAGCAGCAGUUCAUCAGCAGGAGCAGCAGCAGCGUCGACGUCCUCAGUGGCCUCCUCUAGCCAAAGUCUGCCCAGCUUCUGGAUUCCCUCUCUGACACCUGAAGCCAAGCCUACGCUAAUUAAGAAACCAAGCAAGACUGUGCUGUGUCCGAUGUCAGGACAACCUAUAAAGAUGAAUGAGCUGAUUACAGUGCGCUUUACCCCAAUCGACCCGAGCCUGAACCGAGUGGCCCUGAUCAACCGCCAGGACAGGUACGUCUGUGCAGUAACCAAAGACGUGCUGGGCAACAGCAUUCCCUGCGCUGUCCUGCGACCUUCGGGUUGUGUGGUGACGCAGGAGUGUGUGGAGAAACUCAUCAGGAUGGACAUGAUGGAUCCUGUGAGUGGAGACAAGCUCUCUGACAAAGACAUCAUACCUUUGCAGAGGGGAGGAACCGGCUUUGCUGCAUCUGGUGUGGAUCUCAAGGCCAAAGAGGCUCGUCCAGUGAUGCAAGUGUGACGGGUUCUUUUGAUGCACACACCACCAAUAUUCUGGCACAAAUCAUUAACAAAAUUUAUGAACCCCACAAAAAAACUCUGAUGUGUAAAUUAGUGUUAAGAUUUCUCCUUUUUUCGUGAACUAAGGCCAGACCGAAAAUAAUUUGUUUUCAUAGUGCAGCAUGACACCUUGAACAUACUCACUAUAGUAAUUAUAAUGGAAGGGUCUUUGUCUUUUUGUAUCGUGGAAUAAGAAAAAAAAAGGGGGGUCUUGGUCAGUUUUGUCAUUCGACACAUCUAUUAAUAUAGCAUUGUUGUUAAAAGUAAUAAUUUACUGUACGAAUGGUAUUUUAUUUAUAUUUUUGGUCAGCGACAUUUGUAUUGUCCUUUAUUGACCGUAGUAGAAUUGUACUUGACUUAAAGCUGGAAGUUGUUUAUAGAAAACAAUUUGAAGUUGAUCUCAUUUGACUAUCCCAGGAUAUGAUAUAAAAUAGUAGUGUUUGUAGCAUAUUUUUGCCAUUAAAUGACAUUUUAAACACA